AUGGGACAAUUCACGGCAGGUGACUGCGGGAUUGACUGCGAGAUUAGAGAGAAUUCACGGCAGGUGACUGCGGGAUUGACUGCGAGAUUAGAGAGAAUUCGCGCAGUGGGAGAAUUCACGCCAUUUGCAUAUCGCGACAACUUUGCAUGGACACAUUGCACAACAAUUCCUGGUAGCACGAAGGUCAAGUGCAAUUGGUGUGAAGAUGAUAUCAGUGGUGGAAUUUAUCGUUUCAAAUGGCAUUUCUCAAAAGAACGAAAUAACACCGAAAUAUGCAAAAAAUGCCCUGUAGAUGUCUCGUAUCAAGAAAAACAAUCUCUUGAAGGGAUUGCUGAGAAUAAGGCCAAAAAGGCAAGAAUUGGGGUUGAACUAGGUUCUACUUCUACAAAUCCUAGGAUGCACGAUUUGGGUGAGGAUGGUGAAGAUGGGAGUUUCGGGGAAUCUGGGUCGACACAUAAUUCUAUAGCACGUGGACCAAACACAGGUGGAGGAAACACAAAUGCUUUCUUCCAACCUCGUACCACACCGGGAUCACAAACCACUUUGGAGAGUACAGGAUGGAGGAAAACUGUAACUGAACAAGCAAAGAAGGCAAUUGCUAAUUAUUGGUACUCCUCUCACAUGACAUUCCAUGCUUCCAGAAAUCCAUAUUGGCAACCCAUGGUAGAUGCUAUUGCAGUUGUAGGUCCUGGGUUUCAAGCCCCAUCUUAUGAAUCAUUGAGGGUUGGUAUGUUGAAAGAUGCAGUAGAGGAUGUUCAAGAUGUUGUUAAACAACAUCGAUUGCAGUGGGCUAGAACUAAUUGCAGCAUCAUGUCGGAUGGUUGGACAGAUAGAAGGAACCAAACUCUCAUUAACUUCUUUGUCUCUUUUACAGAUGUAGGGCCACAAAAUGUGGUUCAAUUUAUCACAGACAAUGUUGUUGCUUGUGUUGCUGCAGGGAGACUUCUGACAGAUAAAUAUCCUUCCAUAUUUUUUACACCAUGUGCAACACAUUGCCUUGAUCUAACCCUAGAGGACAUUGAAAAAAUUGAAUGGGUUAAGGCAACAUUUCAGAAAGCUCACAAGGUUAUCAAAUUUGUUUAUAAUCACACAAGGGUUUUGGCUAUAGUGUGCUCUUUCACAAGAGGCAAGGAGCUAGUUCGACCAAGAGUGACAAGAUUUGUAACAUAUUUCCUUGCAUUACAAACAUUAUGUGAACAAAAAGAAUUUUUAGAGCCUUUAGUAAAAGUCUUGAGACUAGUGGAUGGGGAUAAACCCCCCAUGGGAUAUGUGUAUGAGGCCAUGGAUAGGGCCAAGGAGGUGAUAAGGAGUAAGCUAGAAAAUAACAGGGAUAGGAAAACACUAAUUUCUACAUGGGCAAAAUCAGGAACUAUUGAGGAAUGCUUGCCAAUUGACCUCGAUGAGAUAUAUCCAGAGUGCAAGUUGAUUGCUGCUGAUGAUGUUGAUGAUGAUGAUGAUGUUGACGAUGAUUAUGUUGUUGUUGAUCAUCCGCUUGAGUUUGAAGAUUUUGAUAUCAUGAGGCAAGCCAACUUUCGUCCUGAAUGGGUUGAACGAAUUAGGACAGGCUCUUACCCAGGAGCUUCAUCAUCAGGGCCUCCUGCCCUCUAG